GGGCCCGCGGAGCCGAGCGGCGGCAGCAGCGCCGGUGGCCGCGGAGCGCGCCCGGGCCGGGCCCCGCAGCCAUGAAGAUCUGGACCUCGGAGCACGUGUUCGAUCACCCCUGGGAAACUGUGAUGACAGCUGCCAUGAGGAAAUACCCCAACCCCAUGAACCCCAGCGUGGUGGGAGUCGAUGUCCUGGACAGACACGUGGAUCCCAGCGGGAAGCUGCACAGCCAUAGGCUCCUGAGCACGGAGUGGGGAAUCCCAUCCAUUGUGAAAUCGCUCAUUGGCAACUGCAGGACGAGGACAUAUGUGCAGGAGCACUCUGUUGUUGACCCUGUGAAAAAAACAAUGGAGCUCAAAUCCUGUAAUAUUUCAUUUACGAACCUCGUGUCAGUAGAUGAGAGGCUUGUCUAUAAACCACACCCUCAUGAGCCACACAAAACCAUUCUGACACAAGAAGCAAUAAUCUCUGUAAAAGGUGUCAGUCUCAGCAGUUACCUAGAAGGGCUAAUGGCAAACACAAUUUCUUCCAAUGCUAAAAAAGGCCGUGAAGCAUUGGAAUGGGUAAUUAAAAGACUGAAUGCUGAAAUUGAAGAGUUGGCAGCUUCAGCAAGAGGAACCAUGAGGAAUUCGAUGGCAGCAGCAGCGUUUGUAGAGAAAUGAUGAUAGUUCUUAGUCCUGCAUCACUAACGAGGCUUAACGACCUGCAGCUUCUCUCCUGGCCUAAAUACAUAUAUCCUUUGUUAUUUAAAGGAUGUGUGUAUUAGGCAUGUUAUAAAUUUCAUCUGGAGGAAAGCUGAAUUCUUACCAAGGCUGAGGCUCAAAGGCUAUUGAUACGUUGGUUCAGCUGGACCGAAUUGCGGUUACAGAUGAAAUAAAUUUCAAGUGUUGUUCCUGUAUUUACAUGAACACUAACUUAUAAUGUUUGCAGAUAUGAAAUAGCCUCGUUUAGUGGUGAGGCUGCAUAUGGUGGAGGACACUGGCAUGUUAGGCUAACUUUUAUUUUUUGUGUGACUUAUGGACUACCUCUUUUGGGACCAAGCCCAAAAUUAAGCAGAAUGGUUGUUCCAGCAUUGUUCUUUUUGUUGACUUUUGACAGUUGUGUGACACAACUUGGUUUAACAGAAAGCUUAUUACUUGAUGCUUGAAAUAUAAAAGAAUGUACAAAAUAUUUUUUGAUAAGCUUUUUAACUUGACUGGUUGAACUAACAUGGUACUCAAAUGGUUUUUCAAUUUAGUCACUAUAGGUAAAACAUCAAAACAUCAAAGUGUCUCCUACCUACCUACCAAGACCUAAAUCCUGCUCCUAAAUGCAACAUUAAUGAGCUGGGCAUGGAAUACCUUAAAAUCAAAUUUUAUCUUAAACUUCUACAAUAAGUAUCUCCAUUUCUAAAAGCCCGUUACAUAAAGGUGCAAUAAGCAUCGAGCCUUAAACUCUUGUAAGCUGCUACAGUAGUUGUUCACUUCAAAGAACCAGUUAAAGACUAAAAAAGUGAAGGUGGCUCAGGAGAUACCUAAACAUAAGGGGAAGUAGCAUUUAACAAUAUACUCAUCAGCUUGAUCCAGAAAUAAUGUGCUCCAUCCAUUGGAUGUUGUGUUGUCCUUUACUUUAACCAGUGCUCUUAAGUUCCAGAUCCCUUUACCCUUUGAACUAAUUUACUCAUGCAAGGCCCUUUGUGUUCUCAAGGGUUUCACUUGGUGUUCUCCAGUCUCUGUUUCCUGGUACUUGUUGCAGGUUCUUGGUACUGUCAGCAGUCAUUCUGUGCAGAAAGGUCAGCCCUUGGCAGUGCCAUGCUGUGCCAGUCUGCAGGUGGGCACCCACAGGGACUCUGUGCCACGAGGCACAAAAAGGCAAAGGCACAGCCCACAAGUAGCUAUGGUGGUAUUUUGGUGCCCAAGGCUUUUCCUGGAAUUUUGGUUCUAAGCUUACAAGUGGUUUCAAGACUCUCUUUAGCCUUUAUGAACUGCAAUGUCACCCAGCCCAGCAUAUUUGAUUUUGCAUGCCAUUUCUGUCAUAUCAAAUUGCCUAUUAAGUAGUGUCUGCUAUAUAGAGAACCAGAGCUUACUUUAACAAACAAAAACACUUCCAUAAGGUUUGUGCUAGGGGAAGAAAACAAGAAUAUAAAUCUAUAACUUUUAAAAAUUAACUAUUCUAAACAAAAUAUUUUUCUAAACAGAAAUGGUUUGAGACUACCUUACUAAUUGAAGUCAUUGAGGUUUGCCAUACUUUUACAGGAGAUUAUUACAACUGAAAUAACAUUUCAAUUUUAAAAUUGUGUGUGAAACUUCUGCAAAACUGUACCAUCAUUUCUGAUUAAAAUAAUUAAUUUGUAAUGCAUUUUAUGUUUUUUUCAGCCAUUAGCAUCAUUUGAUAUUUUCAAGUCAGUUUUUUCAUUUCCAAUUUUUUUGCACUAAGGACUGCAUAGUAGAACUCACAGUUUGGCCUUGCACUGAAAAAAACGUACUGUUUAGUUUUUACAGGCAUUCAAUAACUUCUUGAAAGAUAAUACAUUUCUUUCCUCUAUUUUAUUUAUAUGCCUGCAUUCUCAUUCUGUCAGAGUAUGGCUUUCUAUAUGUGGCGCUUUUUAAAUAAAAUUUUGUUUCGAUUCUGGCUAAUUCC